AUGCAGAGCCGAGGGAGCGGAUGGGCUCAAUCUUUUGAGAGUGAGGGCCCCAAUCUCUCUCUUGAUCUUGUCCUGAAGCAGGGGCCCGCCUUUGUCCUCUACGGCUACUCACUUUCCUCCAGCACCUUGGCCCUUGGAUCUAUCCUCUUCCAUGCCUCUGUCUCACGUCCUCCUGACCGGCCUCCGUCCUCACUCCUCCCCCUUCCGUUCCCUUCAGUUCGGGCCUUCAUGUGGAGCGAGGAGGGCGAGGGGGCAGCGCAGCGGGGUAGCGCGGUGGGCGAAACAGCGGGCGCCACAGCGGGCGGCUCGGAUGGAGGUGGGCGAUGCAGCAGGGGGGCAGCGCAGAGGGCGACACGGACGGAGGUUGAUGGACAACAGUGGAAGUGGGGCGGCAGGCCGGGCGACACGGACAGAGGUACAAUGUUGAUGGACAACAAUGGAAGUGGGGCGGCCGGGCGACACGGACGGAGGUUGAUGGACAACACUGGAAGUGGGGCGGCCGGACGACACGGACGGAGCUGGCAGGUGUCCAAGACCGAAGACCGCCUCCGACUGCAGCAUAGGUGUUGUGCGGCAGAGGUUGGUGACGGCGUUGGGACGGACGCCUCCCACGCCUGA